AUGGCUUCUUUGAACGGGAACGACGACGAUCUGACCAUCCCCCGUGCGGCGAUCAAUAAGAUGAUCAAAGAGACGCUGCCUAACGUGUGGGUGGCCAACGACGCCCGGGAACUGGUGGUGAAUUGCUGCACUGAGUUCAUCCAUGUCAUCUCCUCCGAGGCCAAUGAGAUCUGCAACAAGUCCGAGAAGGAAACCAUCUCCCCCGAGCACGUCAUCCAAGCCCUAGAAAGUUUGGGUUUCGGCUCCUAUGUUAGUGAGGUGAAAGAAGUCUUACAAGAAUGCAAAACAGUAGCACUGAAAAGAAGAAAGGCUAAUUCUCGUUUGGAAAAUCUUGGCAUUCCUGAAGAAGAACUCUUAAGGCAGCAGCAAGAGUUAUUUGCAAAAGCUAGACAGGAGCAAGCAGAACUGGCGCAGCAGGAGUGGCUACAAAUGCAGCAAGCAGCUCAACAAGCACAGCUUGCUACUGCCUCAGCCAGUGCAUCCAACCAGGCAGGAUCUUCUCAAAAUGAAGAUGAUGAAGAUGACAUAUGAGGUUUUCAAGGCUGAGUUUUGAUCCCUGCAAAGAAAUAGUUGUCCUACACAACAAAACCAGUGAAACGAAUGCUUACCCGUAACUUUGUCUGCAUCUUGGACCGGCCAUUGGUAUUUUAGGGAUGUCUGCUGUUUUGUGCUGUACAUGUAAAAACUGUCUCUUUGAACUCUUGAAGACUUAAGGUUCAGUAUCAUAUCAACUUUGGAUUUUUAAUGGUGUUUAUGGAAA